AUGGAAACCAUUGUGGAACUUCGUGCGGGCUGCAUGGUGCUGGCCGACGGCCGCCUGGCUCCCGACCCCCGCAAGGGCCUCAUCCGAAUAACCCAGGCGCGCUGGGAGGCUGGCUUGCAGGACGAGGCGGGCCUCACCCACUUCUGCUGGCUUGAACGCGACGCCUCUGGCGCGGCUGUGGGGGAGCCGGAGCAGGACAUCGUGGUCAUCCCAGGGGAGAGCACAUUUGGCAAGAUUGCGCGCCCCGGCUCUCGCGUCUUCGAGCUGCGCUUCCCAGAGGAGAAGCACCGCAACCUGUUCUUCUGGGCACAGGAGGCGGCGGCGGAGAGCGACGAGGACUAUGUGGCGGCAGUGAACCUGGCGCUUAACCAGGGGGAGGGCGAGGAGGAGCAGGGUGGCGCGCAGGGCAUGGAGGGCGUGGAGGCAGGCGCGGCGGCAGCAUCACCGGCGGCGGCAGCAGCAGGCGCGGUGGCGUCGGGAGCAGCAGGCGGCGGCGGCGUGACCGGCAUCGGCGCUGCAGACCUUGCCGCCGUGCUGGGCAGCCUCCUGGCUGGCGGGGCGGGGCAGGGUGCUAGCGGGCAGGCGGGGCGGCGCCUGGCGGCUGACCCGGGGCCCUCGCUGUCGGAUGUGCUGCGUCCUGAGCUGCUGGCGCCGCUGCUGCGCUCCCCAGACAUGGUGCAGCGCCUGGCGCCCUUCCUGCCCGAGGAGCACAGGAGCGCGGACGCCAUCUCUGAGCUGGUGAGCACCCCUCAGUUCCGCCACCAGCUGGACCUCUUCUCCCACGCCCUCAUGACCGGCCAGCUGGACGCGUCGCAGUUUGGGCUGCCGCCCGGCGGCUAUGGCGUGCUGGAGUUCCUGGCCGGCAUCCAGCGCCAGGCAGACAAUCAGGCGGGGGCGGCAGCGAACGCGGGAGCAGCCGGCGACGCCGACGGGCGGCAGCAGUAG